CCGUGCUGUCAAACCAACUUUCCGACCAUCACCACUCGUUCAACCGCAACAAUGCCAUCCCUCUCCCUACCGUCGCUAUUGAUCGCAGGCGCAUUCCUGGCAACCUCCGCAUCUGCUGCCAUCGACCCCCAAUUAGUAGGAACAUGGUCAUCAAAGUCCGCGAAAGUGAUAACGGGUCCGGUACGUCUAUUCUUGGAACAGGAGGCAGGAGGAAGAGAAAACAACAACGAUAAAUUUUUGGGGAAAGCAGAAAUACUGAUAGGAGGAAUUAGGGCUUUUACAAUCCAGUCAACGAUAGUUUUAUCGAGCCAACUCACACUGGGAUUUCCUACUCGUUCACAGAAGAUGGAUUUUACGAGUCGGCAUACUACCGCGCUGUUUCAAACCGUAGGUUUCCCUCUCAGGAACUUACGAAACGCCAGGUUCCCAUGCUGAUGGAAACUCUAUAGCUGCCGAACCACAAUGUCCGAUGGGAAUGAUGCAGUGGCAACACGGGACCGUGGUCAUGAAUGCAGACCUCUCAUUGUCACUUACUCCUUUUACCAGCGACGGCAGACAACUGCAAUCCAAUCCCUGCACAUCCACCACCCAUGCAACGUUCACACGAUACAACCAGUCCGAAGUUAUGGCCGUAAGCUAUUCCUUCCCAAAACCCCAUUCUGAAGGAUGAGAGACUAACGAGGUACAGAAAUGGCAAGUCUACGAAGAUCCUUAUACAAAAAUGCAGCGACUCGACCUCUACAUGUUUGACGGCUCCCCAAUCCAACCCUUGUUCCUCGCCUACAAACCCCCCAUGAUGCUCCCAACCCAAAUUCUCAACCCCACCGCCGCCGCAACAGGAGCCUCCAAAGCCAAGCGAACCCUCGGCGCAGAGCUUCCCCUCCCCUUAAACCAGAACGCCAAACACGUCAAGAGAGGAUUGGAACAGCAUUCCCUCAUGCAACGGGUUGAUCUCAGCAUCGUCUGGUGGACCGGCUUGGGAAUGAUAGUUUUCGGUGGAACCGCGUAUAUGUUAUAGAAGCGGCUGACUGUUAUGGUAUGUGGGGGAGAGUAUGGGGGGAUUUUGUAUAUUUGGUCACGAAAUGGGACUGUUUCAAUCAAGGACAGGCGACUAUUUGUCAGGGGCGUUUACGAAUUGAUUCGAAAGACUGGAAGAACGGAGUUCGGUUUUUAAUGAAAGGGACUACUACCAUUUACCUGGCUAGUUCAGAGAAAAAAAUCCAAAACGAAAAAAGAGACAAGAGAAAGCAGAAGGGAAAAGAACACCCACAGAAAUG